CCACUCACUCAACCUAGCCGCCCAGCGUGAACGUCUUCCGAUCCGGCAGUAUCGCGACCAGAUCCUCUACUGUCUCGAGCGCUAUCAAACGCUGGUGCUGGUCGGUGAAACCGGUUCCGGCAAGAGCACACAGGUACCACAGACUGUGGCCAUAGCCGGAUUGUAAAAUCAAUUCCCCUUCGCGCUCAUUCAGCACUGCUAGUCACCACCGACAGUUGCAGAAUUGCGAUUGCAUCAGCACACACACAACACCUACCGAUAGGGGAAAUUACACAACCAGUUGAACCAAUUUACCGUACAGUGUUCCGGUGACCCUGAAAACAAAUCGGCACCAUGGUCGGUCCCAGUUCGCAAAUCAGCAAACUUCUGCUGACGUUGCUUUUCCUACUGAUUAUCUUCUUCAUUUGGAUGGAUGUGAAUCUGUACAUUCGCAUCCAGGACUACCCCAUCCGGGACAAUGAGAUUCGGCUGCUGAAUGGUAGUACGGUUCUGAAACCAACCCUGCCGGUAACAUCACCCUACGCAACAUCGGCGAUACCACACCGACAGCCGGACGUUGCUGCCAGGUACGAGGAAGUCGCUUGGGUAUCCUGCGAUCUGAAUCCACUAUGUGACGUGACGGUGAAGGCGAUGAUGUUGGAUCACACCAACCAUUAUCUGUUUGCGCCGAUGGCAACUCUGGCGGACAAUCUGGCCGGGUUUUCCAAGGGUGAUCUGAUAACGCCUAAUAUGAUCUCCUUUUUCCACGUAUUUGUGGCUAUUGCAUCAGGACGGAUGAUUGCUUCUGAUUCACUGGGUUAUCGAAGAAUUGGAGUAGUGCUGUUCCAGUUUCGAACGUUCCUAGAUGAUUUAGAUGGGCACGUGGCCCGAGCUAAGAAGCAUAUCCGAGGCGAACGAUCGGACAUUGGCUCGGCCGGUUAUUAUAUCGAUGGAAUCUGUGAUGGACUAGGUUGCAUCGCACUGAUGAUUGGGGUGUUUAUCUUUCUGAAGAAUAAUCCUCCACGAAGAGGAUACACGCAGCUGCAGUCGAUUAUCCCGGUGACGGAAUCGAAGAGCUCGGAGUCGGGCGUGAUCUACAAGGUCAAGGUGACAACCAAAAAGGUUGUUCGAAAGGUCCUUUGCUACAGCGGCAUUCUGUUGUUAAGUUCCACCGGAUGGAACCGAUAUAUUGCCAUCUACCAGGAUAUGCUCGAACGAGAGGACGUCACUCCGACGCAGUUCCUUCACCAGGAGUCGGUGUUUCGGUCGACCGGUUUCUUCUUCAUCUGUUGGCUGUGGCGAAUAUUCAAUGUACACGCCCUGCUUCACUUUCUGCUGCUGAGCAUCUUCUGUGAUAAACUGUGGGAGUACCUGCGAAUGAUCCAGUACGCCGGUUUUGUCACGCUGCUGGUUAUUAUCAGUGUGGCUGAGAUGCACCUCCUUGGGGUGCAAAAUUUUAUCUAUAAAUCGCUGACUGGUAACAAUACAUCGUUGUGAUUAAAAUAAGGAGAUAUAAAGCGAAAAUCUAACAUUCGGCGUCCUGAAGAUUAAGAAAUUUCCCUACGUCCCACUAAUUAAUAUUAUUCGUUUGUGACUUUUUACAAAGCAUUGAUUAUACUGUAUUGUAGUAGGGAAUGCCACACAGCAUGCCUUAGAUGUUAGACAAAAAAAGCGACAGAAGCUGCUGCAGGAGAAAUCUGAUUCGUCCUAUGAGACACCCAUCACACCUAUGUACAGUACGAGCGAGUCUAUCCGUUAACCGUUGAUUAAUCGUUGGGAAAAUGAACGGUGAAGGCGAACUAUUUUUAACCCAAUUGAGAGACCCUGUGGAAAAAAUGGAAAACUUCAACGAAGUGAAAUAACAAACAAUAAAGAGAUGAAACUAUGUUUAGUGUUGGAAAUCGGAAACUGAAACACUUUUUCUAUUUGUAGGUUUUAAGCAAGAGAGAAAGAUAUGUGAAAUAGCUCUAUAUUUAGAUGUUAGUAUAUUCUAUUAACAGAAAAGAAACCGGAACUAUAUCAAAUUUACCGCGAACAUAUGGACGACGAAAUCUUUAAGCUUGAGCAAUCGCUACACAAGAAAAAAAAAUAAUACAAACAGGUUACGCGAGAGUUAUUAGUAGGUAUGUAAACAACCUGUUAACCGGCCUGUACGAAGAGAAAAAAAAUGUUCUGAUGUCAGUUUAAAGAUACAGUCCUUUUGAAGCAGCUUUUAUUCUACUCACGGGAAAAUGAAAAGAGAUGCAAAAAUAUAUGUGUAUAUCCAAAGUUUGAA